AACUUCCAAACGACAACUAAAAACGAAUGAACCACAUAAUACAACUACAAGGUCUGCAAAUGCAAUUAUCCCAAACAAAAGGAAAGAGAAGAAGAAAUCUAUUGCAAGUCUCUGUUCUGUUCCCACGCUCCAGCCCACCAACCAAUGCAAUCUUCUCUCUCUCUCUCUCUCUCUCUCUCUCUCUCUCUUCGCCUUCAGUUCACACUCUGCAUCUUUGCUCAGAGUCUCAAAGUACUCUACUUUCUGAAUUCUCUUCUUUUGCUUUACUCUUUAGCUUCCGCCCUUCCCCUGUUCCCCACUAUUUUCCUUCUUCUUCUACUACUUGUUUCUGACAAUGCCAAUCAAUUCCGACCCGUCCACUCCGCCGCCGACCAUCGGCAAAAUCGGCCCGUACACCGUCUUCAUCACUCCUCCUCCCACUCCUUCAUCAUCUCCCCUUUCCCCGCCGCCUAACCUCCACCACGAUUCCCCUAAGAAGGUUGUCUGCCCUCCCGCUCCCCAGAUCCACUCUGCCAAGCCCCUCACCAAGACCGACGAUGAAUCUGCAGGCGGCUUCUUCCGCUCCGCCGUCUCCAAGGUUCAGCUCGUGAAUUCGAGCUUGGAUGAACAUUUGGCGCGGUUGUUUGGACUGAAUCAGUCCAAGUAUCAGUGGGCUCUGGAUGACUAUUUUGAGACCAAGGGAUUGGAUCAAGGAGCCAAAGCAAAAGAGUUUCCAGGCAAAGCACAGAAUGUAUGAACGGUGAUGUUAUGCCGCCUCCCAAAUCCUACUCUGAUGGAUGAUGAUCAGCUGGAUGUUUAUCUGUGAAUUAGAAGACUGUUGUUAUGGCGAAAUGCAAAGUUGAGCCGGCAGCGAUGGUGGACGGUCUGUUGUACAACAUCUUUAUAUAUAUAUGCUUAAUGGCUGCUCUGUUAAGCAAAGUAAAGUAUAGGAGAAGGUUGCUAAGAAUGUGUUUCUGCUUCUUGAGUUCCCUUUGGCCUCAUUUUGCCACCUAACCAUGUUGUUGUAGCUGUUUGUGUAUCAAAGAUGCAAGCUUUUGUUACAACCUGGUGCUCUUUUGCCCCUUUCAAUCGAAGGUGAAUGUGGGUUUGGCUUCGUUGUUCUUUUGUGUCUGGGCCCUGAGAUGGGCUCUCGCCUGGUGAUUGGAAUUGCUGUCAAUUAGUUUCACUGGGCUUGUAACCCCUUCUGGAUCAGAAUGGUCUCCUCUCAGAUCUUCCCAACUCUGCCUAUCCAUUCAACGAAACGAAAAACUGUCUAUCCAUGGGCUUUUUACAUGCAUUUGUGAUAUUCUUCCUCCUAUUGUUUUGUUUGGUCAUGUGGUUGCAUUUUGGGAUGUUAUUCGCAAUACUAGGUAACUUAACCAAUAUAUUUUGAAUAUGAUAGAAAUAGAGAAGGCAAUGAGUCAGGUUGGACGGGUAAGGACACACAAGUCGGAUACAUGUCGAUUUAUAUGGGUAUAUAUUUUGAAGGAAUAACAUUUUAG